AUGCGAGAAUCGGCAUUAAGGGAUCUCGUUACGAGGGUUGUAGAUAUGGGGAUUUCGACUGAUUCGAGGAUGUUAGUGCAUGCUAUUCAUACCUUGAGUUGCUUGAGUGAACAAACAUUUAAGAAGAAAUGUGAAUUACUUAAGACUUUUGGUUUUUCAGACAGUCAUUGCCUGGUUAUGUUUAGGAAGAACCCAGGUGUUUUUAGGGUCUCUGAGAAGAAAAUGAAGUUAGGAAUUGAGUUCUUUCUUAAUGUGGCAAAGUUUGAUAAGAAUGUUUUGGCUUCUAGGCCAAUUCUUUUGAUGAGUAGUUUGAAAGAUCGUGUGAUUCCUAGAUACCGAGUUUUGCAGAUUGUUAAGUCCAAGAAGUUGUUGAAAACGGAUCGGAGUUUUCUUUACAUCUUGGAAUAUACAGAGAAUGAAUUCUUGGAGUUCAUAUCAAGGUUUCCAGAUGAUGUGGAAGAACUGUUGAUGGCUUACAAAGCUCAUCUUUUGCACACUUGUUCUUCGGAAGAAGAAGAAAACACAUGA